AUGUCUAAAAAGAAUUUAGAAGAAUAUGAAUAAGAAGAAGAGUAAUAAGAGGAUGAAGAAGUAGAAUUAAUUGAAGAUAAUGGAUUAAAAGAAUUAUAUGAAAAUUAAGGUAUAUAUUGAAUCUUCUAUAAAAUCAGAAUAAUUCAUCAAAUAAAUUAAUUAACUUAAUCAAUAAGGAGUUAUCAAAAUUAAGCUAUAAAAAUAUUAGGAUGCUAUGAAAUUGUUAUAAUAAUCAGAAUAAAUGUUGGAAGUAAAAGAAGUAGAUAGUAUAAUAGUAUGCAACAAGUUGUGGCAAAUAAAUUGAUAAGAAUCUUAUUAUUGUCAUACUUUAUAAUCAGGCAUGCAGUUAUUAAUGGUAAAUAUUUUAUUAUAACAAUCAAGUUAAUGGAUUUUAGAUAAAUGUUCAAAAUAUUUAACUGGAGUCAUAUAUAAUCUUGAUGAGAGCAUGAAAGAAGAAGAUUUAAAUGAUAAUACUAUAACAAAUGAAGAACUUAGUGAUGCCACUUAAGUUAAGAAGAAAUCAUUUCUUGCAAGAGCUUCAUUAUAACAUACUGCAAUAUUGAGCUAAUUGGGAAAGUAAGACUAAAUUAAAUUAUUAGACAUACAUAAGCACUAUAAUCAGCUAGAAAAGCAGCAGAAACUAUGAGAGAAGUAUUUAAAUUAGCCUCACAAUUUUGUAAUGAUUGGGUCAACAAAAAUGGAUCAUUAUAAUCAGCAGCAACUACUCAAUCAUGUAUGAACUAUAAAACAAAGCAAAAAAAUACUAAAUUUUAAAUGAAGGAUGAAGUUGAAUUUAGUAGAUUAGUAAUUAAUUCAGGAAAUGACAUAUUGUUAGAUUUGUUGAAAUAUUAAGAUUUAGAUAAUAUAUCUAAUAAUGAAUAAUUGAUAUUAAGAGAGGCUAAGAAGUAGUUGUAUUUUUGGAAGAAUAAUCCAACAAACAAUGAAAAACACAUUCGUUAAGAAUUAAAAAUAAAUAAUAAACCAGAUGAUUAUCGCUCAAUCUUAGGAGUUUAAAAUGUUGAAGAAUGGAUACAAUCUUUUAAUGUUAGUUUUAUUAUGCACAUGACUCCAUUAAUUCAUAAUGAAUUUUCAUAACAAGGUGAAAUGUUAUAUGAGAUAUCCAAAAGAAUGUUAUUGGAAAAGAUUAUUUAAUUAUCAAUCUCAUAUUUCACUAUUGCAACUGAAUUAAGAUUUAUAGAAUUAGAAAAAGCAAAACAAUUAGGAAUUAAAGAAUUAAAUACUGAAGAAUUUAAAUUAAGUGAAUUAUAUCAUCUUAAAGCUAUUGAAAUUGCAUGUAAACAUAUAGCUUGUUCUUCACAAUAUAUAAAUCAUCUAAUAACAACUUAUCAUAAACAUUAUAAUUCUAAUUUAGAUACUAUUUAAGAAGAGUCAAUCUCUACUAUAGUAUCAGAGUUCAACUAUAAAGAAUAAAAAUUUUAGUAACUGAAAUAAAUGCAAAUUCAAACUUAAAGAGAAAAUUAAUUGCUCUUAUAGAAAAUAACUGAAAAAAAACUGAAUGAUUCUUCUCCUACUGGAAGAUUAGUAAAUUCUUUUUAGGGUCUACAAUCUCCACUUAAAAGUUGUAGAAAUAUUAGUGAUAAUAUUAAGAUUUAGGCUAAUUUCCUUGAUUAGAUGAUACGUAACAAAAGAAGAUAGUAAAUGCCUUCUGAUAUAUCUCCAAAAUAAAAGUUUUAAUUUUUAAAUAUAUCUAAUAAUAAUAGUUGUGAAAGAGUCAAUGAGAAAAUGUUAAAAAUAAAGGAUAAUCUUACAAUUUAAUUAUAACCUUAUAAAUCAGCUAAAACAACUUUUAAUCAUAUAAUAAAAUAACUUCCUUUUACUAAAUAGAAUAAUAAUGGAUUAGUAAAGUCCUUUCUUCUUGAAAGUUCUAGAGUGCAAAGAUAAAAUUUUAUAUCAAAUUGCUCUCCAAAAAGGGGAGGAAGAUCUCCUAAAAAAUCUCCAGAUAAAUCUUAUGUAAAUUAUAAAACUAGGACUUCGAUUCCAUAUAACAAAUAAAAUAUUAUAGAAUCAUGUAUUGAUAAAACUAUUUUAUAGAAAUUCCAAUGA